UUGGAAUGGCAUCAAUCUCAAUUAAAAGUCAUAUCAAAACAAAAACAAUCAGUUUGUUAGCCGGUUUAUGUGUAUUAUUAAUGAGUUGCUUUUAAAAACUUAUAUAUGAGUUCUAGAUAUUCCCAUUAUAAUGAUUCCAAGCCAGAAAAGUGUCGAGCUUGUACAGAUUUUAAAACAUGGACAAAACAGCAAUCAAAUUCACAGAAUAAGAAAAUUCUAGAAAAUGGAAAAUUAGAGUUUCAGGUUUCUAAGGAAUGCCCUUUAGAUCGUGAAGAACUUGGUAAAAAUACUUGGUCUUUCCUACAUACAUUGGCUGCUUAUUUUCCUGACAAACCAUCUGAAGGUCAGAAAACUGACAUGAAAACAUUUAUAACAUUGUUUUCUAAGUUUUAUCCUUGUAAAAUUUGUGCUGAAGAUAUGCAAAAGGAUCUUACAACAGAUCCACCUGCUGUCAAUAGUAGGCAUGAUCUGUCACAAUGGAUGUGCCAAUAUCAUAAUAAAGUGAAUGAAAAAUUAGGAAAACCAUUAUUUGAUUGUUCUAAAGUUGACGAGAGAUGGCUGCAUGGAUGGAAAGAUGGGUCAUGUGACUGAGCUUCUUAAAUAUGUGUAAUACAUAGUUAAUUUGUAUAUAGUACCUAUAUUAAGUUAUUUUUUUAAAGUUCAUAAAUAAACCAAACUAUA